CCCGUUCCAACAACCACGACUGCAGCUCCAACAACCACAACACCCGCUCCAAAAAGCACAACAGCCACACCAACAACCACGACUAUUGAACCUGCUUACAAAAAGGCAUUUCCUUCGUUUCGCUCCUUGGCCGUUGUCAACUUCAGCUCCAACAACCACUACACCCGCUGCAACAACCACAGCAGCCGCACCAACAACCACAACUGCGGAUCCAACGACCACGACUGCAGCUCCAACAACCACAACAGUCGCACCAACAAUCACGACUGCAGCUCAUACAACCACAACACCCGCUCCAACAACUACUGCUCCAACAUCAACAACCACCGCACCAACAACCACAACUGCAGCUCCAACAACUACGACUGCAUCUCCAACAACCACAACAGCCGCACCAACAACCACAACACCCGCUCCAAUAACCACGACAGCAGCUCCAACAACCACGAUUUCAUCACCAACAACCACGACUGCACUCCAACAACCACUACACCUGCCUCAACAACCACUACACCUGCUCCAACAUCAACAAUCACUCCCGCUCCAACAACCACAUCAGCAGCAACAACAACCACAACAGCCGCACCAACAACCACGACUGAAGCUCCAACAAGCAUAACAGCCGCACCAACAACCACGACUGCAGCUCCAACAACCACAACACCUUCUCCAACAACCACAACAGCCGCACCAACAACCACAACUGCAGCUCCAACAACCAUGACUACAGCUCCAACAACCACGAUUGCAGCUCCAACAACCACGACUGCAGCUCCAACAACCACUACACCUGCCUCAACAACCACUACACCUGCUCCAACAUCAACAAUCACUGCAGCUCCAACAACCACGACAGCCACACCAACAACCACGACUACAACUCCAACAACCACAACAACUGCACCAACAACCACAACUGCAGCAACAACAACCACGACUGCAGCUCCAACAACCACAACAGCUGCACCAACAACCACAACACCCGCUCCAACAACCACAUCAGCAGCAACAACAACCACAACAGCCACACCAACAACCACGACUGAAGCUCCAACAACCACAACACCUUCUCCAACAACCACAAGAGCCACACCAACAACCACAACUGCAGCUCCAACAACCAUGACUGCAGCUCCAACAACCACGACUGCAGCUCCAACAACCACUACACCUGCUUCAACAACCACUACACCUGCUCCAACAUCAACAAUCACUGCACCAACAACCACGACAGCUGCACCAACAACCACGACUACAACUCCAACAACCACAACAGCUGCACCAACAACCACGACUGCAGCUCCAACAACCACAACUGCAGCACCAACAACCACGACUGCAGCUCCAACAACCACAACAGCUGCACCAACAACCACAACACCCACUCCAACAACCACAACUGCAGCUCCAACAACCACAACAGAAGCCGCACCAACAACCACAACUGCAGUUCCAACAACCACAACAGCCGCACCAACAACCACGACACCUGCACCAACUACAACGACUAGAUAUGUUGUUUUCCGAUCCAUACAAAGCACUUUUACAAGUGACCUGUCAGAUUCGUCAUCUGAAGCUUUUACAAACCGAGCUGCAUCAAUCAAGAAUCAGAUUGAACCUGCUUACAAAAAGGCAUUUCCUUCGUUUCGCUCCUUGGCCGUUGUCAACUUCAGGAAGGGAUCAGUCAUCAACACCAUGGAACUUCAAUUUGAGUCACCGGUUCCAAAUGACACUGAUAUUAGAGAUGUUUUGAUCAGUCAAGCCUCAAUUGUGACAGGUUUUGACAUUGACCCAACCUCCAUCACUAUUGAACCUGCUUACAAAAGGGCAUUUCCUUCGUUUCGCUCCUUGGCCGUUGUCAACUUCAGCCAUACCCACAACCACGACUGGAGCUCCGACAACCACUACACCCGCUCCAACAUCCACAACAGCCACACCAACAACGACGAAUGUACCUCCAACAACCACGACUGCAGCUCCAACAGCCACAACAGCUGGACCGACAACCACAACUGCAGCUCCAACAACCACGACCGGAGAACAAACAACCACGACUGCAGCUCCAACAACCACAACAGCCGCACCAACAACUACGACUACAGCUACAACAACCAUGACACCCUCUCCAACAACCACAACAUCCGCACCAACAACCACUACUGCAGCGCCCACAACCACAACAAGCGCACCAACGACCACCACUGCAGCUCCGACAACCACAACACCUUCACCGACAACCACAACAGCCAUACCAACAACCACGACUGCAGCUCCAACAACCACGACCGGAGAACAAACAACCACGACUGCAGCUCCAAAAACCACAACAUCCGCACCAACAACCACUACUACAGCUACAACAACCAUGACACCCGCUCCAACAACCACAACAUCCGCACCAACAACCACUACUGCAGCACUACUGCAGCUCCAACAACCACUACACCCGCUCCAACAACCACAACAGCCGCACCAACAACCGCAACUGCAGCUCCAACAACCACAACUGCAGCUCCAACAACCACGACUGCAGCUUCAACAACGACAACAGCCACACCAACAACCACAACUGAAGCUUCAACAACCACAACAGCGGCUCCAACAACUACAAUUGCAGCAACAACAUCCACAACAGCCACACCAACAACCACAACAGCCGCCUCAACAACCACGACUGAAGCUCCAACCACCACAACACCCACACCAACAUCCACAACAGCCACACCAACAACGACGAAUGUACCUCCAACAACCACGACUGCAGCUCCAACAGCCACAACAGCUGGACCGACAACCACAACUGCAGCACCAACAACCACAACAGCAGCAACAACAACCACGACUGCAGCUCCGACAACAACAACAGCAGUACAAACAACCACAACAGCCGCACCAACAACCACAACUGAAGCUCCAACAACCACGACUGCCGCACCAACAACCACAACAAUCGCACCCACAACCACGACUGCAGCUCCAACAACCACUACACCCGCUCCAACAGCCACAACAGCCGCACCAACAACCACGACUGCAGCUCCAACAACCACAAGUGCAGCUCCAACAACCCCGACUGCAGCUCCAACAACCACAACAGCAGCACCAACAACCACAACAGCAGCAACAACAACCACGACUGCAGCUCCAACAACCACAACAGCCGUACCAACAACCACAACACCACACCAACAACGACGAAUCCGCACCAACAACCACGACUACAGCUACAACAACCAUGACACCCUCUCCAACAACCACAACAUCCGCACCAACAACCACUACUGCAGCGCCCACAACCACAACACCUUCACCGACAACCACAACAGCCAUACCAACAACCACGACUGCAGCUCCAACAACCACGACCGGAGAACAAACAACCACGACUACAGCUACAACAACCAUGACACCCGCUCCAACAACCACAACAUCCGCACCAACAACCACUACUCUCCGACAACCACAACACCUUCACCAACAACCACAACAGCCAUACCAACAACCACGACUGCAGCAUCAACAACCACGACUGCAGCUCCAACAACCACAACAGCCGCAUCAACAACCACAAAUGAAUGCGGCUCCAACAACCACAAGUGCAGCUCUAACAAUGACAACAGGCACACCAACAACUGCAGCUCCAACAACCACAACAGCUGCACCAACAACCACCGCACCAACAUCCACAACAGCUGA